AUACUUAUAAAUCAAAGCAAUAAUAAUAAUGAAAUGAAAGUUUGAAUCUUGAUGAUCAUUUUCCCUUUAGCACAUGUAGUUGUAUAUUCUACUCCGUCUAUAUAUUUGCAGAGACUAGUGGAGUUAGAUCUAAUCUGGGAUUGGGAUUGAAGAGAAAGUGUAGCCAUCACCACCAUUCUGAAAGUUUUCAUUUGACCUGCUGAAAGUCUACUCUUCACCUACCGAACCACCAUUAUCGUCUUCAAGAAGUGUGGGUCUGUCCUGUUUUUGGUGGUGUAGUUGAAGAUCUUGAAUUGGGAUGUGUAGUUUAACUAUUGGCUUAAAUUAGCUAUAAAGCUGCAAACUUUUGGCCCUUCCAAACAAGGGAUUCACAGGACUUGCUUCCAGUGGGUAAGUCAUACAGAAUUUGGAAGGCGGUUUCAACAUUCGCACAGUUUUCGAAAGCAAAUCGUCAUGUUCAGGACAUCGCCACGUAGAAACCAGAGGAACAAGGGAUUCAAGGUGAAGCAUGCUCUUCAAGUAUGUGUACUCGUAGGCGUUUGCAUUUGGCUGCUGUACCAAAUCCAGCAGUCCCGCGAUGCAAAGCCAUCAUAUGGAGGAAGCACGAGCGUCUCAGAGAAGGUAGAGAGUGGGAGUGAUCUCAGGUUGGGUAGGAAGGACCUGAUGAAGCCUCGUAUCGAGGAAGUAACUACUGAAGAUUCUGCGGGGAAUGUGGAGCAAGAUGAAGAGGAAGGCAAGAGUUUUGAUGAUGAGAACAAGCCUGGAGAGAUUGAAGAAAAUGAGCAUAGAGAUAAUGAAUCAGAGAAAGAGAGUGAAGAAAGGGAUGUUUCAGAAGUGAAAAGAGGAGAAAAUGGAGAGGCAGAAAGGAAAGAAAACACAGAAGGUGGUGAAGAUGAAAGCACUGAGAAGGAGAAUGAAUCCAAGGAAACCGGGGAGGAAGACAGCCAAAAGGAAAACAAAGAGCAGAAUGGAAACGAGGGCGAAGAAAAUAAUGAAACAGAAGAGAAGACUGAGAAUGGAAGUGAGAGCGAAAAAGGGAAUGAAACAGAAGAGAAGGGGGAGAGCACAGAAACGAGUGAAAAUGAUGGUGAACAGAAGGAAGUUAAAAUAGAGGAAAAUGGUGAUGGCAAUGAAAAGCAAGGGGAGAGCAAAGAGAAUGGAAGUGAGGAAAAAAUUGAAAAUGCAGGUGAAAAGAAGGAAGAAAAGGUAGAGGAAAACGGUGAUAACAAAGAGAAUGGAAGUGAGGAAAAAAUUGAAAACGCAGGUGAAAAGAAGGAAGAAAAGGUAGAGGAAAACGGUGAUAGCAAAGAGAAUGGAAGCGAGGAAAAAAUUGAAAACGCAGGUGAAAAGAAGGAAGAGAAGGUAGAGGAAAACGGUGAUAGCAAAGAGAAUGGAAGCGAGGAAAAAAUUGAAAAUGGAGGUGAAAAGAAGGAAGAGAAGGUAGAGGAAAAUGCUGAUAGCAAAGAGAAUGGAAGCGAGGAAAAAUUUGAAAACGCAGGUGAAAAGAAGGAAGAAAAGGUAGUGGAGAACGGUGAUAGCAAAGAGAAUGGAAGCGAGCAAAAAAUUGAAAACGUGGGUGAAAAGAAGGACGAAAAGGUAGAGGAAAAUGGUGAUAGCAAAGAGAAUGGAAGUGAGCAAAAAAUUGAAAAUGAAGGUGAAAAGAAGGAAGAAAAGGUAGAGGGAAACGGUGAUAGCAAAGAGACUGGAAGCGACGAAAAUAUGGAAAAUGGAGGUGAAAAGAAGGAAGAAAAGGUAGAGGAAAACGGUGAUAGCAAAGAGAAUGGAAGCGAGGAAACAAGUAAAAAUGGAGGUGAAGAGGAGGAAGCUAAGGUAGGGGGAAAUAGUGAAAACAAGGAAGAAAAUAAGGAAGUUCAGGUAGAUGAAAAUAACAAGAGCAAAGAGAAUGGAGGUGAAGAGAAGGAUGCUAAGGUAGAGGAAAACAGUGAAAACAAAGAACAAAAGGGGGAGAGCAAAGAGAAUAAAAGUGAGGAAAAAAACGAAAAUGGAGGUAAAAGUAAGGAAGUUCAGGCUGUGGAAAACAAUGAGACAAAAGAUGAGACCAACAAAGAAAGUUCAGCCCAGAAUGAGGUUCAAGAAAGUCAUAGUGUUAAUGAAGUUGUGGGCGGAGAAAAUCAAUUGUCGAAUUCAGCAUCAAGUGAAGGCGCGGGCAAUGAACAGCACCAAGAACAAAACUCUACCCCCGGAUCUACACAAACUGGCCAAACUGCUGAUACUAGUGGGGAUGGUGCAAAUAUUGUCAAAGAACAAAGUGAGAAAAAGGAUGUUUCGAACACUGGGGAUUCAGGUUCAAACUCAAAUUCAGAAUCUACAUCUGGUGGACAAAAUGGCAACUCAGGCUCAGCCGGCACAACAGAGAAUGGUGCUAACAAUUCACCCGUAGAUCAGAAUACCAAUCCCAAUUCUGCCUCAAACGACAACAACAAAAUACAAAAUCCUGGUGAAAACAAAUCAACAGACUCUUCAAGCUCAAAUGGGAAUACAGAUAAUGCCCAACAUAACCAAGCUUAACUGUUCCACUUCAAUUCCCCAGGAAGAGAAUGACGCUGGUACAGAUUUGGGUAGUUUGCCACGCUCAGCAACUGAAGAAAAUAGCCAUACAGAUGCUUCUGCAAAGUUAUAGAUUGUGCUUUUCUUUUAAAGGUUUAAAGGUUUUAGGCAUGUAACAUUAAAGUUUCAUUUGAUUUUGUUUUCUUUUCCACAUGUUAUCAAAUGGUAAAGGGCUAUUGAAAAUUACAAUUUCUUCUUGCUA